UGCAGUUACAGUUGCAGCAAUCUCAUAACAUACGAUCGUCAGCGUUUGCAAAUACACUCGAGAGAAAACCAAAGUGACUGACUCUUCUGUAGCAAAAUAAAGUAUUACCAUAUACGAGAAGAUUAAUACGAACAUAUAAUCACCAAAGGAAUACGAAGGAAGACGAGUGACAGUGAUCUAAGUGAACAUUUUAUUUUAUUUCAUUCAUUUUCCAUUUUCCUUUCCUUCCCUUGAACAACUCCGGAAUUUAGAAUGACUGGCGUGACUCCCGGAGCCAAAGAUCCAGGCAGAGUAGACGAGAAGCAUUCCCUUCUGCGCCACUGUCAGGAAGGAGAAAGCCUCUACGUCGAUCUCGCCAAGGCCUCGUCCUAGGAACCCCGUCCUUCAGGAUCAGACGUCAUGGGGCCUUCGCAUUUCCUCCGGCUCUUCGCUACCAAGUUCUUCGUCUUGGUGGUUCUGCUCGUUCUCUCCAUAACUGGCAGCGAGAGUGUGAAAGUCCUCGAAAUCGAAGUACCUCCGCAGGUCAGGUCAGGCGAAACAGUUGACCUCAGAUGCCACUAUGACCUGGAAGGAGCUAGCCUGUACUCACUCAACUGGUGGCGAGGGACGGAGCAGUUCUACCAGUUCAGCCCAAACAGCCCAGAGCAGACGACGGUCUACGCCUCUCGUGGGAUCACUGUUGAUCGCCAAAGAUCAGGCCAAGACGUGGUAGUGUUGAUGAACGUGUCUCGCGCCUCGGCAGGAAGGUACAAGUGCGAGGUCUUGGCAGAUCACCCGAGUUUUGAAAAGGAUUCUGAGAUCGCCAAUAUGGAAGUCAUAGAUGUACCCACGGAUUCCCCGUCUGUGGUCCUGCGACGCCACCAGUGGUCUCCUGGCGAAACCCUCGAGGCCAAUUGCACCUCCCCGGGGGCGCGACCUCCUCCUGAGCUCCACUGGUAUAUCAACGGGGACAAGAUCCAACCCCAGAUGUCCCGCCUCCUCACAGCCGAGCCCAGGAUCCAGCGAGGCAUGAGACCCAGGGGCUACAUCAACGCCCAAGACAUGGUAGACGUGGGCAUCGUGGGCGGCGUGGGCGGUGAUAUCAGGGACGGCUUGGAGAACGACUACGACGAGAGCCUGUUUCAAGUCGUACCUCGAACUUCGGCGCUGAAAAUGAAGCUGCAGUCCGGCCACUUCAACGUCGACGGCCAAGCUUCCCUGACUUGUGUCGUCACGCUGCCUGGUCUGUAUCACAGGUCGGCCGAGGUCCCCCUCACCCUGCCGGGCUUCCGCGCCGCAGCCCCGUCACAGAAGCUGUACGGCGGCGCCCUUCGGCAUGGGGGAACUGCCCUGACGGUGCUCCUGAGCCUGACAGCCCUGAAGGUUCUUGCCUUGUAGUGGCCGUGAAGGGAAGGGCGUGCGGGCCAAGGACACAUCCUCUGCAGGACA